AUGCCUCUCACUAAGAAUCUCCUUCAUCCCUCUCCAGAAGAGAAGAAAAGGAAACACAAGAAGAAGCGCCUGAUGCAGAGCCCCAAUUCCUGCUUCAUGGAUGGGAAAUGCCCAGGAUGCUAUAAAAUCACUACCGUCUUUAGUCACGCACAAACAGUAGUUUUGUGUGUUGGCUGCUUCACGGUCCUCUGUCAGCCUACUGGAGAAAAAGCAAAGCUUACAGAAGGCUGCUCCUUCAGAAGGAAGCAGCACUAA